UCACCCAUCACUUUCUCAACCCCAAUCCUCUUCCAACCUCCUCUUCAAAUCUCUCUCUCUCUCCAUCUCUCUCUCUCUUCCAAUGGAAGAUGCCGACGACCAGAUGUUGGAGGCGGCGGAGACGCUGAUCCUCUGCAGCCUCCUACCGCUCUGCCGUCCGCCGUCGACAAUAUGCGAUCCAUGGCCGUUGAAUCCGCCGAAGCAAGCGAAGAACCUUGAGAUGAUCCCCUCCUUGUUCCUUCCGCCAUGGGGGCUUCGGUCAAGGAGAUCUCGCUGCUCCUGCAUCUCGAAGCCGGAGCAGGAGGACCAGUCAUCGGGUCGGGCUGCUGCGACCCGCCCAAGUCCUGCCACUCCUCUCGACUUCGGUGCAACUUACUUGCCUUCAACCAGCGGAAGCGACGAAGCUCCUUCCCUAUCGGCGAUGCCCAUGAACAAGCGCCGCCGCGCCGGUGACUCCUCUGUCCCUUUCGGUGGCGUCGACCAAAAGGGUCGCGCUGUCGGGCGGUCGCCGUUGGUUGGAGUCGCUAUCACUUCAUCGAAGCCUAUCAGGUUGCAGGGGAAGAAGAAGACGAUUACUGAGCUGCAGUCGCAGGAGAGAUUCUUAGUCGAUGAGAACACAAUGCUCAGAAAGAGAGUGGAAUCCAAGCGGAAAGAAAUGGAGGCUUUAAUUGCGGAAAAUCGGAGGCUGCAGUGUGAGAAGGUGAGCUCGAGCUUGCAGCAUUCAAGAGCUGGGGAUGAAGCGGCAAAGCCUCAAUUUAGUUUGCCAGAUUUGAACGAGCCAGCAAUGGAAACCUAAGAGAUUAAAAGGCUCUCUAAUCUCAUACCAUAAUGUUCUACUGGCAAAUUGAAGUGGACAAUGCUUUAGGCUGCAGUCAUAAUGCGCCCAAAUCCAACUAAUUGUAUAUACCAAGGCAAUUAGAUAGUAUUCCAUUUUUUAUUUCCUUCUUUAAGAAAAUAUUUACUGUGUUUAUUCUUUUUUUUCUUUUUGGUGAUUUGAACUCAUUAGAUUUUUGUUAGGGAUAUUUCAACCCAAUGUAGGCUUAUUUUUUU